GUGACCCGGCGCACGGUGACGUGUCUGGUUCCAGCUGAGCAUGUAACCGAAGGUCCUGCCCAACUUUCAACAUGCUAACAGAAGAUACCAAUGAUGAAGACGUGUCUCUGUUUGAUGCGGAGGAGGAUGGAGGGAAAAGGUCAAAGAGGACGAAUAUAAAGCACCCGGUGGCGUCCUUCUUCCACCUCUUCUUCAGAGUCAGCGCCAUCAUCGUGUACCUGCUCUGCGGGAUUUUCAGCAACAGUUUCAUCGGCUGCACGGUCACAAUAAUCCUCCUGCUCUCAUGUGACUUCUGGACAGUAAAGAACAUCACUGGGAGGUUGAUGGUGGGUCUGAGGUGGUGGAACCAGGUGGACGAUGAUGGACGCAGCCACUGGGUCUUUGAGUCCAGGAAGGGCACUGGGAAGCAACAAGCGUCAGAUUCUGAGUCCCGAAUCUUCUGGAUCGGGCUGAUUGUGUGUCCGGUCCUCUGGGUCGUCUUUGCUUUCAGCACCCUUUUUUCCUUCAAGAUUAAAUGGGUGCCUGUGGUGAUCAUGGGUGUGGUGCUUCAAGGGGCCAACCUGUACGGAUAUGUGCGGUGUAAAGUGGGAGGCAAGACCAGCUUAAAGAACAUGGCUACAAAUUAUUUUGGACGACAGUUCCUCAAACAGGCGAUGUCCAAAGAAGAGGAAUCGUAGAGCGCCGCUCUGCGAUUUUAACCUGUUUGCAUUAUUCUCAAUGCUAUUAUAGAUCUUCUUUUAGCAAGUGGAUACACGGAGAGCAAUCUUUUUGCAAUCUUCAGUGAAAAUAACAUGAUUGUUUUUCUUUCCUUUCUAACCUAAUGUGUGACUCAAUCAGUCCAAAAUCAAUAGUUUCUUUGUUUUCCGUAGAGAGGUCUGGUUGCUAUUUUCAAUAACUGAAGCCGAGCAAUAAACCCUCCCAGACUUUAACUGGUAUUUGGUGUAAAUGCAUGAGUGAAAAAGGGUGUAAAGGCUUUGGGAUGUGUGACUGUAAUUUGUGUCAUGUAGACUCACAGCUCUCUGAGGUGUCUUAAUUUAAUUUAUCUUAUUUAGUAAAUCUUUUUCAUUGCCUCUUUAAUCUUUAUGAAACUAAAACAUGUUGUUUCCGAGAGGUUUUGUACAAACAUUUUCUGUUUGUAUAAUAGAAAAGGUUGUAAAGUAACAGUACGAAGUAUUCCAGGAGAUUUGUAAAUAUGUAUGUAAAGAAACUAUGUGGAACAUCUUCUUUUGUGCAAAUACAUUUGUAACAUUUU